UCAUCGCCAUCGCUAAUCGUCGUCGCUUGCUCCAUAUCUCAAUACACGUCGACAUCGUCAAACGACCGAUGCAUCUCCCAGUCGCCCCCCAUCCCCCACUCUCUUCGUGUUCGUCGCAUUGCGCAACGCCCUCUCUUCUCCGGUCGUAGAUCUGCCAUUUCAAUUCUCGGCAGUUUUGAAGCUUUGCAAGAUAUAAUGAUGUGAAAUUAGAUGGGAAACCAUGAAGAUCGAGAUCGUUGCCAAGAAUAUUCCUCUUGCUGCUCAUUCACCUGCAGAAGGCUUCAACCGGCAUCGAACUGGUGGUGGCAGAAGGAGUGGAGAUUUCGGACCUGUGUAUUUGGGAGGAUUUCCACUACUGCUACCUCCACUCAUGUUGUUCUUCGGAUCGCUCCUGCUGUCGUUGCUCAGUUCAUCGGACACGCCGCUCCGGCUGAUUUCCUCUCUCUGGUUACCUUUCCCCGGGUUGCCCUGCACUUUGGGUUCAGAUCAUCAUGGAAGGGUUUAGCGGUCGGAUGCUAUGAGCCA